ACAAAGCGCAGUAGUUCCUCACUCAAGACUCGGACCACGAAUCAUUGCUUCACAGUAUGCGUCUGCCAAAGACGAACAAUACACCAAAAUCUCCGUCAGACUUGCUGUUUCAUAAAAUCUCAUCAUAAGGAUCUGCGCAUGAGAACAAACAAAGAAGGAUAGCGAAAUCCGGGCGGUGGACAGUUUCAACCAAUAUGCCGGCGAGCGGACCUGUGACCGUUAUCACAGAAAAGGCUGCAGCUGCUAGCAAUGGCGACGUAGCAGAUGCUUCCCCACUGGUGGCGGAACUUGAUGAUUUCGGUCUCCCUGUUAAGAAGCAUAAGGUGUCAAUACCGGUAGAGGACGAUGUGGAGGAUGACGAGGAAUCGCAGGGUGAGACGGAAGGGGUUAAUGGCCAUGCGAGCAAGAUUCCCGAGGAAUCGAUCGACGAUGUGAAGACCCAGAAGGAGCCGCAAGAUGAGGAAUCUAGUGAGGAAGAAGACUUCAAAGAUGCGAGAUCGACGCCUCAACCUGCGACUCCUUUGCCGGUCCUUUCUGAACCUAAAGAAAAAGAGCAAUCGGAUCCAAGUCCACCCGCAGAACUUCCGCGCCCGAAAGAAAGCGUACAGGAAGUCGAGCCAACUCAUGAAGAAGUUGUAGAGGAACCCGUAAAAUCUACCGAACCAGAGGCAGAAGCAAAAUCUCCUGAUGCGCCGAAAGGGGACCCAAAGGAAGAUAGGAAGAGCCAAAUCGGUAGUGGUCCUCAAAGUCCUAAGAGUCCUCAGAGUUCAAAGAGCCCUAAUGGACAUAUUCGAGGACAGAGCUCAACGGGUGGUGGGGUGUCAGAAUGGUCACAUCAACAAUGGACAACCAAGCCGGACAAGACUCCUGAGACCGAGGACGACGAAUGGCAGACUAUGCCUGCAUAUGCUCCAUACGACAUCUACGAUGACGAUAAUAAGCUUAUCGCUAAAGAGCAUGAUUCUGAUGUUGAGGCAGAUGUCUAUGAGGGAUUAGGUGGGGCAGGAAAGGGAUAUACAAGAGUGCAAUUAGACGAGGAUGCUCAGUCUGCAACCAGUCUUGACGAGAACACGCAAUACUUAUUCAAAGAUGUUAAUGGUGGCACGGGAGCUGGUGUGGAAGAUGAAGAGGUUCGGGAUGCAGUGUCACAGAUGCAGGCUACGAAAGAUCUUCUGACAGAGGGACAAAGGAUUGCCUAUGUUGGAAUGACUAGGUUGAUUCUGUCCAAAAUGCUGCAGCAAGCGGAAGCUAUGGCUCUAGCGAAAGGAAGCAAAAAGGAGGUCCAGCUAGGAGCCGAAGCUAUGCGGAUGUGGAGUCAGAAGAUGAUGGUUCGACUCUAUGCUCACAUGGAAAUCAGCACAGCAGAACAAAUCAUGAUUGAGCAACUAGCUGAACAUGGAGUUGUUCCUGAGGACUUGACUCCAACCCUCAUGCAAAAUGCUCGAGUCAAGAAUCCUAUGGCAGAACGACCAACAUCUAGUUCCGACCUCAAAUCCCCGAGGACCGAGUCAAUGGCCUCGACUGACAUAAGUCCGAGGCCGUCAAUGUCAUCUAGGCAGUCAGUCUCCUCUCCUGGGAUUCCACCCACUCCAAAAUUAUACGAUGAAGAGUCGGCAGCAGUACCGCCUCCAUAUAAGGAACAUGAAGGCGACGAUUUACCUGCAGUGAGGACGCCGAACCAGCUCCCUACUACCGCAAACUUGGAUAUUGACCUUCGAUGGACUGUACUGUGCGACUUGUUCCUAACCCUAAUCGCUGAUUCUGUUUAUGAUGCACGCUCCAGAGUACUUCUCGAACGAGUCGGAGAAAAUAUGGACAUCUCGUGGCUAGAGAUCUGUCGAUUCGAGAAGCGAGUCACAGACGCAUUAGAAAUGCAACAAGCCGCCGAGAAGGAGAACUGGAACGAGGAUGAGCACAAGGAGAAUCGACGAAAGAUGGCACUUAAAAAGCGUUAUGUCAUGAUGGGCCUAGCUACUGUAGGUGGUGGUUUGGUGAUCGGUCUUUCGGCUGGUUUACUGGCUCCUGUUAUUGGUGCUGGUCUAGCAGCAGGUUUCACAACCAUUGGUGUUGCAGGCACAAGUGGAUUCUUGGCUGGAGCUGGAGGAGCUGCUAUCAUCACUUCUGGUGCUGCUGCUUCCGGUGGUAUAAUUGCUGUUCGAGCUGCAAAUCGAAGAACAGGUGCUGUCAAGACUUUCGAGUAUAGACCGUUGCAUAACAACAAACGGGUGAACUUGAUCGUCACUGUGUCAGGAUGGAUGACGGGUAAAGUCGACGAUGUCCGAUUGCCUUACAGUACUGUUGAUCCGGUAAUGGGAGACAUAUAUUCGGUGCUCUGGGAACCUGAAAUGCUUACCAGUAUGGGAGACACCAUUAAUAUCUUAGCUACAGAAGCUUUGACUCAAGGUCUCCAACAAGUGCUGGGUAGCACAAUCCUAAUUGGUCUCAUGGCCGCAUUGCAAUUACCUGUCGUCCUGACCAAGCUAGCAUAUCUCAUUGACAACCCGUGGACCGUCUCACUUGACCGUGCAAAUUCAGCUGGUCUCAUUCUGGCGGAUUCUCUUAUCGAUCGCAAUCUAGGUACUCGGCCAAUAACCUUCGUGGGAUACUCACUCGGAUCUAGAGUGAUCUUCUCGUGCUUAAGGGAACUUGCUCGUAAAGGCGCAUUUGGCUUAGUGCAGAACGUCUACCUCUUUGGAUCUCCGAUCGUGGCCAAGAAGGACGAGUAUUUGAAAGCCAGAAGUGUCGUAGCUGGUCGAUUUGUGAACGGAUAUGCUAAGAACGAUUGGAUUCUAGCUUAUCUUUUCCGCUUGACCAGUGGUGGCAUUAGUCGUGUCGCGGGUAUCGCACCUGUUGAGGAUAUUCCUGGCCUAGAAAACGUCGAUGUUACGGAGUUCGUCCCAGGACAUAUGGCGUAUCGAACGGCAAUGCCUCGAUUAUUGCGGGAAUCUGGUUGGCUGGUAGAGAGUGACGAGUUCACUGAAAUCGAGGAUCCAGAUCCUGAGAAUCACCAGCAACGGCAGCGAGAGCUCAUCAAUGAAAUUGAAGAAGCUCGAAAAGAGUUCGAAAAGAAAGAAAAGGAGAAAGAAGCGAAAGGAAAAUUCGGAUUCUUCAGUAGAAAGAAGAAGGACAUUGUCCAGAAGAAAGAUUGGGAAAUGUACGAAGAGUCCAAGGGAGAUCCGCUGAAUGCCAGGACCAAGGUAGAAGAUUCCGAAGGCAAUAAUCACGGCGUUCUUUUCGACAUCGACGCCAUUCGUGCUGAGCUCGCGAGCGAGCAGAUGGAAGUCAAAGAGCUUAAAUCGACUCUACCGCCCAUGAAAUUAGAUCUUAGCUCUUCACCGAACCCUUCGAAUCCUCGCGAUUCAUUACGAGAGACAAAGUCCUUCGACGCAGCGUCAACACUCAAAGUCACCAAGUCUUCAGGCUCCACCUUGCCCCGACAACCUAGCAGCGAGUACAUACCAUCUCUCAAAUCACCUCCCAAAUACGCAGAAGAAGACGAAGAAGAACAAGUUCAGAUGACCUUCGACACAGCGUACUACUCUCCUCCUCGCUCGGCGGCAACUUCUUCAGUCCAUCUCCCACCAAACCGUCUCAAUUCGCCACUGCCUUCACCUCCAAGUCCAGACCCGAAUGAAAAAGCAGCGACAUUACAAAGACCAGAGCUGAAGAGCAGUAGUACGUUGCCCGUACCGACAGCUGCUCCUAUAGCGUUACCGCCUUUAGAUCUUGGUCAUAAUGCGUGGGCCGAUGACGAAGAGGAUUUCGGCAUGGAAAGAGAGAUGGAGUUGACUUUUGCAUAAUGACUACUGAUGCAUAGAUUGGAUCUCUCUAUCAGGGGGAGCUGGGAUAAUGAGGAGGAUGUUGUGUAUAUGGACCGGGUGUGUAUCAGACAUAAGGUGAUUCUUGAUAGCGUGCAUAGUUUGCGAUGGAGAGUCCGAGAUUGCAUGCUGCAUGGAGUAGGUUUCGUGAUGGCGUUGGGCUUUUCAUGCGGUGGAUCGGAUUGGGUCUAGCUGGCUUUUCAGCGCGGUGUUAGAUGAUUCAAUGUAUUGAUCGAGGUGUU